CAUAGAAUAAGAGGAUAUCCAAUACGGCGGCGUACCCUUUUGCUCGCGGAGACGUAAACACGUGUACUGUAUCCCACUUGGCCUUUUGCCACAGUCAAAAAAAAAAAAAAUUUAAUCAGUUAAUUACAGUAUGGAGACACGCCCUAUUAAGUUUAUUAAUACUUUCCAAACUUUCGGGUGACAUCACAUCUAUUUAUAUAAGCUUUUUUUUUUUGUUACACAUUUUGGAGCUUUUUUUGUUGUAAUUGCCCUGAACGCCCUUUUCUCUUUCUUUUUCAAACAGCAACUCUCUCCCCUUUUUUUUUUUUUUAUCUUUGCAUUACCAAUGGCAGAGCAAUAUCAACCAUCUGCACUGGAUGUAGGGUCUCCUACUCUGGAAGCACUGUAUAACGACUUGGACAUGUAUAUAAAUGAAUUGAGCGUGUCGUCCAGAACUGACACUCCAACAGAAACCACACUCUCCAAGAGAUGUAAUAAAGACAUUACUCCCUUGAAGCUUGAUAAGACACUGGAUGAACAAGAUUAUGACUUUGAUUAUUAUACGCCAAAAGACGAUGAAAGAGAUGACGAAGAGGAUAGCCCUGGGUACUCACCCGUUUUGGAGAACUAUACACGAUUCAGUGCAGCGGAAGGGAACUUGAUACUUGAGCAACCAACGAUAGCUGUUGUGAACCGCAAUUCAUCUUCUUCCACUGUGGGUAUCAGUCCCUCGGCACCCUGUUCACCUUCCUUUCUGCGAGUAGGCAACAGCAAUGGGGAUUACUUUCGACAGCAGUCAUCCAACAAGGACGAAUAUGUAUUCACCACACGAUCCAGUUCGUUAAACCGUGCCACUGCUGCCUCAUCGGGUAAGCCUAUCCUGUCUCCCAAAAUGCUUUUUUCAAACCCAACUUCACCUCUUGCCUUGGGAAUGUCCACCGUGCAUGAAUCUUCUUUCGGGGAUCUUCACGGGGAAAUUCCAAAUAUCGCCUUCAUCUCUUAUAUCUCCACCAUGUUUAUUAAUGAAGUCGCCACAUUAAAUCAGCAUCGAAAAAUAUUUUGUACCGAGGAAUAUCCUCUCAGUUUUAAUGGCGAAGAGGCACUUGAAAUCAUCCGGUCAUUCUUACCCGAAGGCUUAGGCAAAGCAGUUUAUUUAGAUAUUGCGCAGUGCCUCAUGUACUGCAAACCUCCUCUUAUUGUCCCAAUUGCCUAUUCAGAAAAAUCCUUCCGAAAAAACAAAGUGUAUGACUCGGCUACCGAAAUGUACACUUUGGUAGAAGAAACCUUGGAUGUAGAAGAAAUCCAAGGUAUUUAUACCCCUUUAACUCAAUGUUAUUCCAUCAGCUGUUUGCCUGGUCAACCCGGUUGUUAUUCCGCUUAUUGUCCCAACCGUGUUUACCCUCUCAACGGUCAUAUCAUCAAAAAACCUGCCAUUUCUAUCGUCUCAUCCACCUCGCAUGACUCUGCUAUGUCGCGUGCAUGGUCAGCCACCGUAGCUAAGGACAUCUUAAAGUCUAUGCCUUCACACGAAAUCAGUCGACAAGAAGCGAUUCAUGAGCUGAUCUAUACCGAAGAUGACUAUGUUCGUGAUUUAAAAAUUUUAGACGAGGAUUUUGCCAAAGAGUUACUAAGAUCACAAUGUAUCGAAGAGUCACGAAAAAAAGAAUUCCACGAUAAAGUGGUUAACAAUUACCAAGAAAUUUUAGAGAUCCACGACAAUCUGUACAAGGAACUGCGUGAUCAUCAAGCGAACUGUCAAUCCUCUAGUCGUAUCGGUCUCGUUGAUAAGAUUGGUGACAUCUUCUUGCGUCAUAUUCAUUUGUUCAUGGACGCCUAUCUUAAAUACGGUCCCCAGGUUGUCUUGGCUGAAUACACCGCUAAAUUAGAAACCGAGAACAAUAUGGUCUUUAAACACUUUAUCAAGACAAAGGAACAAUUGGCUCAGUGUCGAAGAUUACCUUUCCGUCAUUUCAUCAUCUUACCUGUGACUCGACUCCAGCGUUAUUCUCUCUUACUCGACGCCGUUUGGAAAAAGACACCCGAGGAAAACCCAGACAAGGCCUAUCUGGCUCAAUGCGUCGAUACCAUCAAAAGCAUCGCGGCCAAAAUGGACGAAGGCACGUUAGCCACCAAGAACCAGCUACGCGUACUGGAGAUUGAAGCCCGAAUUCGGUAUAAGCCUGAUGAACAUCACGCCUUAGACCUCCUCAACCCUACUCGUAAAUUAAUUUUCGAGGGCCCGCUCUCUCGCAAAUCUCAUUUGGUAGUGGAAACCAUCGAACUCCAUGUGUUUUUAUUCGACCACUUGUUUCUGAUGACCAAAGUCAAGAAAUCAUUGACCAAGGAAGGUGAUGUGGAAUACAUGAUCUCCAAACGUCCUAUCCCCAUGGAACUUUUACAUAUGCAGGAAGCCACGGAAGGGUUUUCGAUCGGUCUGCGUAACAUGAGUAGCACUUACUCUGGUCAUUCUUCUCCUACCACCAUCCUGCCUUCUUCUCCCUUUGGUGUCAGUUACCCUAUCCUUAUCCAGCAUUUGGGUCGUCAUGGCGCUGAUUAUCUCCUGUACGCUGAAAAUGCCGCUUCUCGUAUUCAAUGGAAAGAAAUGGUCGUCAAGGCAAAGGCAACAAAUGAAAUGGCGGAUAUCGAUAAACGUAUCUUUGAAAUUCGAUCUCUGUCAGAUACAACGUUUGGUGGCACUAGUUCCAAUAUACACAAUUACGGUAAAGUGACAUGCACAGUUCCCUUUGUGGGAGCGACAGGUAUUCGAAUGAUUGCAAUUGGUACUCAACAAGGCAUUUGGAUGGGUAUUGAAGGAGAUACGAAUACGAUCAGUCUUGUUUUGGGAAUAUCGGACGUGCAACAGAUCGCUGUAUUAGAGGACGAACAUAUCUUUUUGAUCCUGGCGGAUAAAACGUUAUACGCUUAUGCCUUGGAUGCACUGGCCUCGAAGGAUGCCAAGGAUGCUCGAAAGAGUACGGACCGACCUCACCAAAAGAUUGCGCAACACAUUUCGUUUUUCCAUGCGGGUGUCUGUAAUAAGCGGACGAUUGUGAUUGCCAUGAAGAAGCGAGGUGUCGAUAGUCAUUUCAAGGUACUGGAGCCUAUCUGUGGCGAUUUACGAAAUCCCAAAAGUAGCAAGUUCUUUACGAAAUCGGGUCUGUUUGGUAAGAUCCCUUCGUGGUUCAAAUCCUACAUGGAGUUUUAUAUCGGUACGGAAUCCUACGCCAUGCAUUUCCUGAAGGCGCGUGUGGUUGUGGUAUGUGCGCGUGGAUUUGAGAUUAUCAAUUUGGAUGCGUUGAACAUGAACCGUAAUUUACCAGACCCCACGAACCCUGAUUUUGCAUUUGUACAGCAACGAGGGGAUGAUUUACGUCCGUUGGGGAUGUUUCGAUGCAAGGAACAUUAUUUGCUUUGUUAUGACGCUUUUGCGUUUAUGGUCAAUGUGCAUGGUAAUCUGGUGCGUGAAUCACCCUUGAUUGAAUGGGAAGGUGUACCUCAAUCCGUAGCCUUUUAUUAUCCUUAUGUCGUUGGCUUUGAUCCACGAUUUAUUGAAGUGCGACACGUUGAAACUGGCGAAUUGAUUCAGGUAUUGGCAGGUACUCAUAUGCGUUGUUUGCAAUUCAUUCAUCAGACCUUUGCUCCCGUUAUUCAUGGUUGUAUGGCGCAUCCUUUUAAACCCGACUUUCAAUACGUCUUUCAACUCAUGGGCACAUUUGAACCACCUCUUUAAAUUAUUUUAACGUUCCCUUCUUUUUUUAUUAUUAUUAUUAUUAUUACUAUCGUCUUUUUUUUUAUCAUUAUUGUUUAUACUCUUACUACUAAUACUAACUACAAAACUUAUCUGGCUGGUUCCUUUUAUUACAAUUUUCUCAUUUCUUUUUUUUUAAAGCAGAAAGGAAAAUAAAUUCCAAUUUUUUUUUUUUAUCAAGUCUAAGAAAAAUGUUAUUACGUCGAUUGACAUGCCCCCAAAAAUAUGUUCAAUUCAUAGGAUGAUCGAUUUUUUGGUUUAUCCCGCUUCCCCGGUUUACUA